CUUCGGGUUCCUGGCUUCAACUCGUCUCGCAGUCGUUCUCCAAACAGUUGCUUGCGGCACGGCUUCUCUGCACUGAGACAUGCUCAGGACAGCAAUUCUUGUUCCCUUUUCUAGGCAGACUCUGUCUGCGCGUGCUAUCCACUCCAAUGCAACGACCCGGAUCCUUGCCUCACAUCGUCAUCGCACGCGACAAGCUGCGUUCUCUACGACUCCGGGACGGAGGGCGGAGGAAGAUGAGAACUUCAAGCAAUAUGUAGAGAUUUCUCAAAAGUUAGGACACGCAAUAGAGCAUAAGCCGGAAAUUAAGCAGAUGUUGAAGGAAUUGCAGCAAGCUCUGGAGGAUGCAGGACUGGAUCUCACCAAGCCGCCGUCAAAAUUACAAAUGUUUCGUUUGCUGUUGAAAUCGGAUGUGAGGAACGCCGCGAUGAAGGUGUCUGCAGCACUCUCUGAGUCGGGCGUCGACGUCCAGGACACGUGGGACCAGUUGGUGGCAAUGCAGAAGAAACCCAAGGAGUAGAUGUAUAUGUGUGUUGCCAAAUCGAUUUGCAGCCUCCUGUCGCCGUAGACAGCAUAUGUAAACUAGCGAACAUGGUUCAUCAAGACAUGCACGAUCGACUUUCUGUCGUCUUUAUGAAUUACAUACACGAGUGAAUUGGCC